GUGACAUUUGAUCUCCCCAAACAUACAGACAAAAGUCAGAGAAACACAACUCCACAUAGACACACACAUACAAACAAACAAAGCAAAACCCACUGACAAAGAGAAACUCAAGAAUCUUUUGAAGUGAACGAACCAACGCCAAACCAUUUUUUCAUCUGCUCGUGACUGUGGUUACAAUCAUGCCUUCUGGUGCGAAGAAGGGAAAGGCCUCAAAGAAGAAGAAAGAGCUGGAAGCCUUUGGAGCCAGUCCAAGCAACAAAGCCCUCAAUGUUCAUGGAUAUGAUGAACAUGGAAGCCAAGAUGAGGGAGAAAGUGAUGGAAAUUUGAGCUCCCCUGUUUCUCAAGGUAAUGGAGAAUUUUGGACAAGAGAUUCAUCACCUUCUCCCUUAUCUCGUCUAGGGAAGGACACUGUUAAAGAGAAAACAGAAGAUGCAGAUGUUCUUCUGCGACACGGACACGAGGAGAGUGGUGUGGACAAACCAUCCAAUUCCUUUUAUGAGAAUGUUACUCACAAUACCAGUAAAGCAGCUUCUGAAGAGGCUGGUGGUACUUUGGAAAAUGUACCUGCUGAUGAUUUUGUCUCAAAGGUUGUGAUCCCUGACAGAAACAAACAAGUUGAAAGCUCGGAUUCUGUCCAGCAUAAGUCUGAUGAAAGUGAAGAGAAGCAUAGACCAGAAGAAGCAAAGAAAGGUAGCAUUCCAGAGUCUGCUGCAGAAACAAGCAAAGAUGUCAAGAUUGUGAAAGAAUCUCAAGUGCCAGAAUUUUCUGAAGAGAAGACCUAUUUGCAGAGUCUUUUGCUUUCUGGUCCACCGGUUGUUCGAAACUCGUGGCUGAGUUGCUGCGGUUUGUUUGAUGUGAUUGGAGGCUCUGGAAGAUAAUUACUGGCAGUGUAUUAGUUUAAGAACUUUGGAAGGUUUCAAUUUUUUAUUUUUAUAAAUAAUUUCCACUCAAAACUGUAUCGCUGAAACUUGGCCCGAUUGGUAACUUUUUGGAAUGGCGGAUUGAUGUUUUAAACGCGA